AUGACGCGAGAAGCAAAGAAGGAUGACUUUUCACCUUACGAGAUUCUGCAUGUGCUGGGAUUGCUCAUGGCGCGUAUGCUGAACACGCAACGUCGCCGGUUUCAAGAUCAUUACCAAACUGAACGUGUAGGAGCUGUUGCCCGCGGCACUUUCAACGAUUACAUGCCUCGGCAUCGCUUUGAGCACAUUAUGUCCAACUUGCACUUUACAAAAAUUGCAGAUGUUCAAGCCACCCGCGAUCGAGCCUGGAAAGUUCACUCGGUGAUCGAUACACUCCAAGAGAGGUUCCCGCUUGGAUACCAAACCCCUCCAGUUCUCUCUUUUGACGAAGGAAUGAUCCCAUCGCGGAACCGGAACAACCCAACUCGCCAAUAUCUAAAAGCGAAGCUCCCAAAUGGGGGAGACGAACACGAGGCACAGGAGGGAAACGCCACGUCGUCCCGUGCCCAUCCAUGGUGCGUGACUAUCACCGUUGGAUGGGAGGGGUCGACAUACACGAUCAGCUUCGACUUCAGCGCAAUUGUGAACGCCUAUAUCGUGUUCUCCGAGGCACAAAAGCGAAUUGACGUCAGACCUACUUCUCACGCUGGGUUUUUGCUGGAGCUCCAUGCACAGCUGUUGGCGAUGAAGAGAGAAGUCUUCGUUGAGAGGUCUACCGCCUCGGGUGUUAAUAGUGAUGAGGAAGAUCUAGCACCGUUUACAAGAGAUCACGAACCAGCGGAAUGCCCAGACUGGCAGGUCGUAAAUGGCGUUGCAAGCGUCGUCAGAGGCAAUGUAAACAAGUCCGACAAAGCGCAGUUGUUUCUGUGCAACAAGGUGUGGAAGCACUACCCUGGAAACUCAAUGACGUGCUUUCAGAUCUGGCACAAGUGGGAUAAUGGAGCAAAGCGCCCACACCCGCGCUGCGGGCGCGACAUUCAGAGCCGAGCAGCUGGAACAGGUGGAGGAAAGAAGCGCGAGCGUCGCGAGGCUGGCAGGGAAGCAGGAGACGGGCAGGGACGCGAUAGUGGCGAGGGGGACGCACCAGACGACGAUGGCGAAGAUGUGAAUAGUGAUGGAGACGGAGUACACUCAAGUGGUGAGGAUCAACAACAAGACGAAGAGUAA